AUGCUGUUGCAACUCCCGGCUAGCCUUCAUUACCCAAUCACCGUCACAGAGCUUCUCAAGCAGCCCAACGACGAUGUCGAGAGGUUUGCUCCACUGUUCGCGUACACGUUCAAAUCGACGGUAUCAGAAGGAGAUGGAUUGGGCAAUGAUCUCCAGGUCGAAAGGACUUUCCCCACGAGGUUCGAGUCCAAUGUCGAAGGGAAACUAAAAGCAUGGAAGGUGAAGAAAGGCACAGUCAUCGCCCAUUCAAGGUCGUCGUAUGUGACAGAGCAGCUCGACUCAUCCCGUGCGACCAUCAACAUGGUCCAUGACAACGUUUCCCUUACUGUCAGCACGGCGACAGCGACGACGAUGGAAGAGGAAGCCAAGAGAAGGCUCCUAGCAAGUAAAAAGCUAUCUCUCGUUGUCGAUUUAGACCAGACGAUAAUCCAUGCUACGGUUGACCCAACUGUAGCAGACUGGCAAAAGGACGAAAGCAAUCCGAAUCACGAAGCUGUGAAAGACGUCAAGUCCUUUUUACUGAAAGAUGAUGGACCUGGGAAUAGAGGAUGUUUUUACUUUGUCAAGCUUCGACCCGGCUUGCGAAAGUUUCUUGAGAACGUAUCGCAGCUCUAUGAGCUCCACAUCUACACAAUGGGCACGAGGCUAUAUGCCCAAAACAUCGCAGAGAUUGUGGACCCUGAUCAUCGAAUCUUUGGAGAUCGCAUCCUGAGCCGCAAUGAAAGUGGUAGCAUGAAUGUAAAGAGCCUGCAAAGACUCUUUCCUGUGGAUACUAAAAUGGUGGUUAUCAUAGAUGAUCGCGCUGAUGUUUGGAAGUGGAGUCCCAAUCUUAUCAAAGUCAAGGCGUAUGACUUUUUUGUGGGCAUAGGUGAUAUCAACUCAAGCUUUUUGCCCAAGAAGCCGGAGCUCAAGAUACCGAAGACCAGGCUCAAAGCUCCUGAAACGGCUAGUGAUUCGACAGAAGGUACUGAGACCAAAGAACCAGAGCCAUCGACUAACGGCGACCAACACGUCAAUCCGGCCGAAGCAGCCGAAGUUCUGCAACAGAAUCUCGUAGACAGUACCGCUUCACCUCUGGAUCGGCUCGUUGCAAUGGGAGGUGCAGAUGAUCCUGCCAACAGGACGGCGCAGUCGACACAACAAGACGAGACUAUAGCGGCGCAGGUCGAAGAAAGACCGCUGCUUAAGAAACAAAAGAUGCUUGAAGAAGAAGGGGCAAAUGCUGCUGCCGAGACCACGAAAGAUGAGAACGACGAAAGCAAAUCGGUAUCCGAGAAGUCCAGUGAGUCGGAAAGACCAAAGCAGAAUCUUUUGCAUGAUCAAGACCAAGAAUUGUACAAAUUGGAGAGCCACCUUGGCGCGGUACACAAGGCUUUCUUUGAAGCACACAAACAACAGGUAGCAUCUUCCCAGGGCGGUCGCCUGGGCCAACUUCGUGGAGUUCACAAGAGAAAGAUUGGCCCUGAGACGUCCGAUCUCGACCUAGUGCCAGACAUCAAGGACAUCAUGCCUCGGGUCAAGUCAAAUGUACUCGCAGGUACGGUCAUCGUCUUCUCAGCUCUCUUUCCUCAGAACGUAGACAUGAGGACAACUGAUUGGGGCAUACAAGCCGCCGAGUUCGGCGCCAGAAUUGAUUCAAAGGUGACGAAGCGGACGACGCAUCUUGUUGCAGCCCCCAAAAGGACGGACAAGGUCAAAUUAGCGCAACAUAAGCGCAAUUGGGACAUUAGUAUCGUCAGUCGCCAUUGGCUAGAGGAUUGCUUCAGUUCGUGGAUGAACCUCGAUGAAGACCCAUACCUCUUAGACAUCGAAGGGCCAAAAGACGAUGCUUCUUUCUUGGAUGAGGACUCGUACAGUAACACCGAUGAUGACUCCCAGAUUGACGAGGAUUCCGAUGAAGGCGAAGUAGAAACCCCGGAGAGAAUUGAUGGCAAGCCCGUAAAGCUUAGGCUUACCACAAGGACUCCGCCUCUAGACGACGAUCAUGAAUCUGAAGUUGACUCAGGCGAGACCGCUGAAUUCGAAUAUGACAACAAAAGCCCCGUCGGUACAAAAGAAGACUGGGAUGAAAUGGACGCCGCCCUCCAAGACUUCCUUGGCAGCGAGGACGAAGAGGAAGACGACGACAACAAAAGUAAUGCCAGUCAAGCUAGCAACGCGAGCACCGUUAGUAUUCGGGCUAAGAAACGGAGUAGAGAAGACUAUGAAAGCGGUGAAGAGUCCGACGACGAAAAGGUGAAGAAGAAGCAGACUACUGGUACCUCAUUAAGUCAGACAACCCUAGUUGAUUCGAACGACGGAACGACAGACCCGCAAGCGGGGAAUGAGGAUCCAGUCGAGGAUGGACCAAAGCAGGAGGGUGAUGGCUGGAGUGACUUUGACGAAGACGACUUUGACGCCGAGCUGGAGGAGGCGGAGAGCGAAGAGCAGGAGGCUUCUUUGCCUGUCUGA